AGUAAGAGGUGGGAUUUCUUGAAAUAGUGAGGAAAUCAAUUAUGGAUCACAUUGAGAAAGAAAGUGCAGAGGAGUUGUUCCAUGCUCAAGCUCAUAUAUGGAACCAUUUAUUUGCCUUCAUAAACUCUAUGUCACUUAAAUGUGCAGUUGAGCUUGGCAUACCUGACAUUGUCCACAACCAUCACCAACCCAUCACUCUUUCUGAACUAGUCAUGAAGCUUGCCAUCCCAAAGACCAAAACUGCUUUUCUGUUCCGCCUCAUGCGCUUAUUGGUGCACUCUGGCUUCUUCUAUCAGCAAGAAGAAGGAUAUGUGCUCACACCCUCUUCUAGGCUCCUCCUUAAGGAUAAUGCCAAGAGUGUAUCACCCUUCUUGCAAGCAAUGCUUGAUCCGAUCCUGGUGACACCUUGGCAUUUCCUUAGUGCAUGGUUCCAAGGGGAUGGUCUCAAUCCAUUUGAGACCGCACAUGGGAGGACCCUCUGGGACUAUGCAGGAGAAGACAACGAGCUCAACAAGUUCUUCAACGAGGCAAUGGCCAGCGAUGCUCGAUUGGUGAUAAGUGCGGUUGUUACUGAGUGCAAGGUUGUGUUUGAAGGAUUAAGGUCAUUGAUUGAUGUAGGGGGUGGCACCGGAACUGUGGCUAAGACCAUUGUUGAAACCUUCCCAAGCUUGAAAUGUACAGUGUUAGACCUACCUCACGUGGUUGCUAAUUUGGAAGGGAAUGAGAACCUAACUUAUAUUGCAGGUGACAUGUUUGAGUCCAUCCCUCCUGCAGAUGCUGUUCUGCUCAAGUGGAUUCUGCAUGACUGGAGUGAUGAACAAUGUAUAAAGAUAUUGAAGGGAUGCAAAGAGGCGAUCUCUAGUGGAGACAGGAAAGGGAACUCAGGGAAGGUGAUCAUCAUAGAUAUGGUGGUGGAGGAUAGGAAGGAAGAGCACAAGUUUACAGAAACGCAGCUCUUUUUUGAUAUGUUAGUUAUGACUUUGGUCGUUGGAAAAGAAAGGACCAAGAAAGAAUGGGAGAAACUUUUUUUGGAGUCUGGAUUUACUCACUAUAAGAUCACUCCUCUCUUGGGUUUGAGAUCUCUCAUUGAAGUUUACCCUUAAUGGCUACAUGAAUUGGUGGUUAUAAACGUCAUCAGUAAACCAUUUUAGAUAUUGUCAUGUAAGUGAUCUCUAUAAUCAGCUUUUAUUGGGGCUCCACUUCAAUAAUGGACUAGCCGCACCAGCUUUUGUUUUUGGAUUUGGUGGGAAAUUUUGUUGGCUGGAGUAUUUCCUAUCUGGUGGCAUGGACCCGGUUUAGUGCUGUUACUUGUUUGUACUUCAUUUAAUUAGUGUGUGCUUUAAUAUAAACUAUGCCCAAAGAUAGCAAUAGCCUUCUUCUUUCGAUACA